AGUUUUCAUCUCCUCUUCUCUCUCUGUCAUGUCCUAACCAAGAUUUCCACUCACUCUUUCCAUUUCUAGGGUUUCCUACUUACUCCCUCUCUCACUCUUUCUCUAGAAGUAUCUUCAGAAUGAAGAACUUCAUGCAACCAAGGGGCGGAAUCUUGAGGACGAAUCCAUCCGCUGAAAACACAUCUUCUCCAAACCCUAGUCCUUUCAAACAGAGAUCUUCUCGAAGACAUAAAGAAAACGCUCCACCUCUUGAUCCAAAUGCAUUUCCGGAUUCUUCGCCUUUGCAGUCGCUGGCGGCGGCAAAAUCAGCACCGGCCACUGGAAAGACCAGAAGCCCUCUGCCACCAAAACCCCCAACUUCAAAUUCGAACCCUCUCAAAAGGAAGCUUAGUAUGGAAACAAUUCCCGAAAAUGGCGUUCCAGGGACUUCGUUAUCUGGAGUACAGGUAAUAGUGAGGGUGCGGCCUCCAAACAAGGAGGAAGAGGAAGGAGAAUUGGUAGUACAGAAAGUUUCCAGUGACUCCUUAUCGAUCCUUGGGCACAACUUCACCUUCGAUUCUGUUGCUGACACAGGUGCUACACAGCAAGAUAUUUUCGAGCUUGUGGGAGCACCUCUGGUGGAGAACUGCCUGGCUGGGUUUAACAGUUCCAUCUUCGCAUAUGGGCAGACCGGUAGUGGGAAGACAUAUACAAUUUGGGGACCUGCCAACGCCUUGUUGGAAGAAAAUCUAUCGAGCAAUCAACAGGGCUUGACACCUCGAGUCUUUGAGAAGCUUUUUGCACGCAUAAAUGAGGAGCAAAUUAAGCAUGCUGACAAACAACUCAAGUAUCAAUGCCGAUGUUCUUUCGUUGAGAUUUACAAUGAGCAAAUCACUGAUUUGUUGGACCCUAAUCAAGGGAACCUCCAGAUUAGAGAAGAUGUGAAAACUGGUGUAUAUGUUGAAAAUCUGACAGAGGAGUUUGUAUAUACAAUGAAGGACGUGAAACAGCUUUUGAUAAAGGGAUUAUCAAACAGAAGGAUUGGUGCAACAAGUAUAAAUGCAGAGAGUUCUCGUUCACAUAGUGUUUUUACUUGUGUUGUAGAAUCACGGUGCAAGAGCAUGGCAGACGGUCUAAGCAGCUUCAGGACGAGUAGACUAAAUCUUGUUGAUCUUGCUGGAUCAGAAAGACAGAAGCUGACAGGGGCCGCAGGGGAACGUUUGAAAGAAGCAGGGAAUAUUAAUCGAUCCCUUUCACAGCUUGGGAACCUGAUAAAUAUUCUUGCGGAAGUUUCCCAAUCUGGAAAGCAAAGGCAUAUCCCUUACAGGGAUUCUAGAUUGACAUUCUUAUUACAGGAAUCUUUAGGUGGCAAUGCAAAAUUAGCAAUGGUUUGUGCCAUUUCUCCUGCAGAAAGCUGUAGGAGUGAAACACUCAGUACAUUGAGAUUUGCACAGCGUGCUAAGGCCAUCAAGAACAAAGCAGUUGUUAAUGAAGUUAUGCAGGAUGACGUUAAUGUCUUGCGAGAAGUGAUACGCCAGCUGAAGGAUGAGCUUCUACGAAUGAAGGCAAAUGGUAAUUCAACAGAUACUAAUGGAGGUUAUUCUACAGGGUGGAAUGCCCGUAGAAGCUUGAAUCUCUUAAAGUUUAGCCUCAACCGCCCAAUGACAUUACCUCAUGUUGAAGAUGACAGUGAUGAGGAGAUGGAAAUUGACGAGGAAGCUGUUGAGAGGCUCUGCAUUCAAGUGGGUCUGCAAUCAGCAGGCUGUGAAGAUAAUAAUAUUAAUGAUAGGAGUAAGCAACAAACCUGUCAGUCAGGCUUACAAGUUGAGGGUUGCAAAAAAAGCCUUAUUGGGGAGAAAAAGAAGAAUGAUCCCUUGGGAAUUGGAUGCGGCAGUUAUCAAGGUUCUGAAGAAACUGAUGUUCACAUGGAAGACUGUCAAUUAGAUGAAAUGGUAUCUGAAGAAGUUAAUAAGCAUGGAAUUUUUUAUGGUUGCGGAGAUACUGUGGUCCAUGCCCUAGACUGUCCAAAACUUGAUGGACUGAACCAUCAAAACCAUGCAGAGAAUAAUGAUACGGAGGGUUCAACUGGGCAGGCCAUUCACGAGAAGGUUUUUGUCUCUUCAGACUGUAAAUUGUCGAAUGAAUCGCCAAGCGAGGCUGAUGAGGAGAAACCCUCAGCAGAUACUUUUGUUGGUGGAGGAUCGGCAAACAUAUUGAAUCCAGAUCCAUCUCAUAAUUGUCCCACAAGCUCUCCAAAUUCUGUUGUUCCUUCUAACCUAAGUGUAGCACCCUGUGAAACUUCUCCAGUUCUACCGUCCCCGAAAUUGAGUGUUUCACCUAGAGUGAGUAACAACAGCAGGAAAAGUCUUAAGACAACAUCAAUGUUAUCAGCGUCUCAGAAGGAUCUAACAGAAAACAAUAGUCCAGAGGUUCUACAGUUAACUUUUGCUUCGUCCACUAAAACAAGCAAGAAUUCUCUUUCACCAACUGAACACCUUGCUGCCAGUCUUCAUCAUGGUAUUCAGGUUAUUGAUGGCCACCUCCAGAGUACAGCUUUGAGGAGGUCUUCAUUCAGAUUUUCAUGUAAACCUCUUGAAAUGAAUUCAUUUUUGCCAGUUGACAAGGUUGACGUGGGAGUGCAAACCCUUUUUCAUGAUCCAGAGACACUGGAAGUCGAUUCUUCAGUAUUUUUGAGCAGUAAUUGUAAGAGCAAAACUUCUCAAGUGGAGUCCAAAGAGGUCAAUGAUUGCUUAGGCCUACAGUUAGUUUCUAUUGAUGGAUCAGACUCCACUGACAAAUCCAAGAAGCAAGUUCCAAAGGCAGUGGAAAAGGUCUUGGCAGGAGCCAUCAGGAGAGAAAUGGCGAUUGAAGAGUUCUCUGCCAAGCAAACCGCUGAAAUUAUGCAACUGAAUUGUCUUGUCCACCAAUAUAAACAUGAGAGGGAAUGCAAUGCCAUAAUAGAGCAGACACGGGAGGAUAAAAUUAUUCGUCUUGAGAGCCUUAUGGAUGGCAUUUUACCUACUGAGGAGUUUAUGGAGCAAGAAUUAGUAUCACUUAUGCAUGAGCAUAACCUUCUUAAAGAGAAAUAUGAGAACCAUCCUGAGGUUUUGAGGACGAAAAUUGAAUUAAAGAGAGUACAAGAUGAGCUGGAUGGCUAUAGAAACUUCUUUGAUAUGGGUGAGAGGGAGGUACUGCUGGAAGAGAUUCAACAUUUGAGAAGUCAGCUACAGUAUUAUAUAGACUCUUCACCCAUGCCUGCUCAAAAACGAAGUCCUUUGUUACAGUUGACCUACUCCUGUGAGCCCACUUCGGCUACUUUGUGUGUGAUUCCUGAGUCAAAUGAGGAAAAUGCUGAUGAGAGGUCCGAACAGGAGAAGCAUCAUUCUUCAUGUACUCCCGAGUCAACUGAAGAAAGUGUUGACGAGAAAUUUGAACAGGAGAGGCGUCGCUGGACUGAGGUGGAGAGCAAGUGGAUUUCUCUUUCUGAAGAAUUGAGAAUUGAACUGGAAACUACCCGCUCUCUUGCUGAGAAGCAGAAGCAGGAACUUGAUUCCGAAAAGAGAUGCUGCGAGGAGCUGAAGGAAGCAUUGCAGAUGGCAAUGCACGGACAUGCACACAUUCUUGAACAGUAUGCAGAGCUUGAGGAGAAACACAUUGCAUUGCUUGCAAGGCAUCGAAAGAUCCAGGAGGGGGCAGAAGAUGUCAAAAAAGCUGCUGCAAAAGCAGGAGUGAAGGGUGCUGAAUCUAAGUUCAUCAACACUCUAGCUGCUGAAAUUUCAACAUUAAAAGUGGAAAGAGAGAGGGAAAGGCGAUACUUGAGGGAUGAGAAUAAAGGGCUUCAAGCUCAAUUAAGGGACACUGCGGAAGCAGUACAAGCCGCCGGUGAGCUACUUGUGCGUCUUAAAGAAGCAGAAGAAGCUGCUGCCAUUGCCCAGAAACGAGCUGUAGAGGCAGAGCAUAAGGCUGAAAGGGCAUACAAACAGAUUGAUAAAUUGAAGAAGAAACAUGAAAAAGACAUUACCACUAUGAACCAGCUCAAGGCAGAACCUCAGCUACCUAAAGAAGCAUUGAGACCUGUCUAUGAUGAUUCUAACAUGGCCAGAUACGAUGGAAGGGAGUCCCUUAGUGGUGCUGGUGAUCAGCAAUGGAGAGAGGUUUUUGAACCUUCCUACCAUGGGGAAGAUGGUGAGCUCUCAAAACUAGCAGAGCCUUCAUGGUUCUCUGGGUAUGAUCGAUGCAACAUAUAAGAGAAAAGUCCAAAAAAAAAAAAAAAAGAUUCAUGUAUCAAUACCUUUUUAUAGAGUGAUGAAAGAUUGGCAGCAGAGUCUUUUUUUUUUUUUUUAAUUGUUUGGGUGCUACAUUCUACUUGUACCUUUCCUUUUCAAUUAGGCAAUAUUCUGGGUCUGGGACCUAGACUCCAUUGUACA